CCCUGUGGAACGCCCUCCCAUCAGAUGUCAAAGAGAAAAACAGCUACCAGAUUUUUAGAAGACAUCUGAAGGCAGCCCUGUUUAGGGAGGCUUUUAAUGUUUAAUAGGUUAUUUUAUUUCAUUUUUCUGUUGGAAGCCGCCCAGAGUGGCUGGGGAAACCCAGCCAGAUGGGCGGGGUAUAAAUAAUAAAUUAUUAUUAUUUAUUAUUAUUAUUUCACGCAGUGUUUUCAUAUGGGCCUCCUCCUCCCCUGCCCCGGAAGUUGCCAAUAGCUUCUGAGUGUUUAAGCCGAGAAAUGGUUUUCCUGCUCCUUCCUUGAGGAGUCUAGUCUCUCUUUCCUCCCAGAGACUCUCCUCCAGUUCCCUGUCCAUGUGUUUCCCAGAUGUUUCUCAUUAGUCACGCUUUCCGUCCUCCAAAUCCGUUACUGAUGCCCUAGACUGGCGCUCUUAACUUUCGCCCAAUAAGGGGAAAGCAAAACACAGCAACGUUAAACCAGAAGUAUUUUAAGGAGAGCUUCAGAGUGGGGUCUUCCCCCCCUUUCCUUUCCCCCUUUUAUAAAAUCCCUGCUCAGCCAGCUUUUUUCCAGCACAGGACGCAUUGGACGGACCCAGUGAGAGCAAACACUGGAAUACCUUCCCGUCCACUCCGAUGAAACUUUUGUUCGGAUGCUUCUCCUUUUCCUCCUGCGAAGGAAAACGUGGCUUUUGCUCUUAGCCGAAGCCCCUGGGGUUGUUGAGAUUUUUAGGGGGUGGGGGUAGGGGUGGAAGCUUCGUUGUCAGAAAGGCGGAGUCCGGCAGGAUGUGUUUAAAAGUUCGCUGAAAAGUCUCCUUCUCAAGCUGGUGGGGCGUUAGUUUCACGAGACAUUUUUUCUGAUGGGGAUGCAUAUUCCCCCCUGCCUUCUUGAAGAAACGGUGGUUGUGGAAAAACUGAACUGGGAAGAUCUGGAUGGCAAGGGAGCCUACCAUGCCUUUGUUAUAAAUGAUUAGCCCCUAUGACAAACAUGAGCUGGAGUUUCCUCACCCGCCUGCUGGAAGAAAUCCACAACCACUCCACUUUCGUGGGGAAGAUCUGGCUCACGGUCCUGAUCGUCUUCCGCAUCGUCCUGACGGCCGUCGGGGGCGAGUCCAUCUACUCGGAUGAGCAGAGCAAGUUCACUUGCAACACCAAGCAGCCCGGCUGCGACAACGUCUGCUACGAUGCCUUCGCCCCGCUGUCGCACGUCCGCUUCUGGGUCUUCCAGAUCAUCAUGAUCUCCACCCCUUCCGUCAUCUACUUGGGCUACGCCAUCCACAGGAUCGCCAGGUCCACCGAGGAGGAGAAGAAGAGGUUCCGGGGCUUCAAGAAGAAGAAGCAGUUCGCGCUGAACUGGCAAGCCGUCCGCAACCUGGAGGACCCUUUGGGAGCCGAGGAGGAAGAGCCCAUGAUCGUGGACGAUGUGGCGGAGAGCGAAGAGAAGAAGACAAAGGAGGAGAAGAAGAAGGAGCAGCAGCAGCAGAAGAAACACGACGGCAGGAGACACAUUCAAGAGGAGGGCUUGAUGAAAAUCUACGUCUUCCAGCUCCUCACCAGAGCCUCUUUCGAAAUCUGCUUCUUGAUAGGGCAGUACAUGCUCUACGGCUUCGAGGUUAGGCCCUACUACCUUUGCACCCGGCAGCCGUGCCCCCACGACGUCGACUGCUUUGUCUCAAGGCCGACAGAGAAGACCAUCUUCCUCCUGGUGAUGUAUGUCGUCAGCUGCCUUUGCCUGCUGCUCAACGUGGCCGAGAUGUGCCAUUUGGGCAUCGGCACCAUCCGCGAUGCCAUUCGUGACCGGAAGGUGCACAGCUUCCGCCAGCCGCCCUACAAUUAUGCUGCCUACCCGAAGAACAUCUCCUGCCCCCCGGAAUACAACCUGGUGGUGAAGUCGGACAAGCAGGCCAAGGUCCCCAACAGCCUGAUGGCUCACGAGCAGAACUUGGCCAACGUGGCCCAGGAACAGCAGGGCACGAGCCCCGACGAGAACCUCCCGCCGGACUUGUCCACGCUCCACAAACACUUGCGGGUGGCUCAGGAGCAGCUGGACAUUGCUUUCCAGAGCUACAACCACACACAGCCAAACGGGCAGCCGUCGAGAACCAGCAGCUCGGCUUCCGGCGGGAUGGUGGCAGAGCAGAACCGGGUCAACACCGCGCAGGAGAAGCAAGGGGCUAAGCCCAAAGCCAGCUCAGAGAAAGGCAGCUCGAACAGCAAGGAUGGGAAGAACUCCGUGUGGAUCUAACAAGGUAUAUAGCCUGACGACGACGAGAUAGGGGUGGCUUCUCUGUUGGGAAUGGAAUCGUUCCCAAGACAGCGCCAGCAAUGGGGUUCUCCUUUUUUGGGUCUUGCCAAAUAACGUUUGUGAGCAAUGCAUUUCAGGACCAACUAGUGGGUUGGCAAGAGGCUUCUCCCCGCCAUCCUUCACCAAGCCUGCCGCCUCGAUGCACGAGUCAGCUACCUGGAAGUGGCGGAGCCCUUUGCACACGUCUUGUUACUCCUAAAGAGAAGUCACGAGGUUGUGCCAUGAUGUAUAUUCCUGGGCAGUAUCCCCUGUCAGAUGGAACGGGGAGAGGGUGUGCUGGCUGCAAGGCCUGUCCUCCAGUUAAAUGGCUUAUCCCCAUGAUGCAGAGGGACUAUCCAGAUUUGCUCAGUAUGGCUCUCAGGUAUUGCCUUCCUUGCUGUGCUGGUUGCUUUCGGGAUGUCUUCCCUUCCUCCGCUUUCCCUGUUCCUUUGCUUUCCUCCUUGCCGAUCCAUCCUUUUCUGCGUUCCACACUCUUGCCAACCUAUCCAUUGCUGCCUCUUAUGCCCCCGUUUUAUCCUUAUCCUUUGGUACCUGAUUGGUUGUGCAUGAACCGGAAGUCAUGUCACUUCUGACUGCAUUGAUUCCAAUGGCAGCCCACACCAGCUUGCAAGUUUGUGGUCAGGGCCAGGGUUUACGGAGGAAAGAAGAGUGUUCUACGUCAAGUGCCACCUCUUGCUGUCUGAGGACCGGUGUGUGCGAAUUCUGUGCCCAAGGCUUUAUUGCAUCAAGACCACUGUUCCUCCAUAGGGGGUUGUCCGUGCUAAGCAACUGCCAGUCCAAACCAUGCCCCCCCUUUCCUCGCCCAUUCUGCUUUAAAUGACUGAAAUAACCCUUUUAAUUUCUAACCUCAUUGGUGGAACGCAACCUGCCCGCCUGCCGAAGCUGCUGCGACAUCUUACAAUACUGCUCCGAGUGGCUGAUCAUGUUUGCAGGAAGAGCGCUGCUGCACUCGCUAAAGGUUUACUAAUCCAUAUACGUAGCCAUGCCCUCCUCUGAACUGUUUAAUGGCUUCCACAAAGCAGGAGUCAGAUUUCCAAGACAAGGCUGAAACCCCAAAUCUAGCGUGUCUGUGGGAUUUUCACUGUUGACUUAAGUGGAGUCACCUGCUUCAGAGACGUGCAGCGCUUACUCCUUUGUUCCUCGGCAGUGAGCCGAGAAGCAAACAAGGACCGGAGCAUUUUCUUCCUUUGCAGUGGGAAAUGGAGCAUUCCCUUCGGCCACUGUCACUAAGAAGGGUUUUUAACCACUGCUUGUACCACACCCUAACCAAAAGUGCCUUUAGUAACGCUGCAAGAAUGGAACACCUGAACACUUGUGAUAUCUGUGUAGAGCCUGUGGCUCUGUAGGUGCUCUGAGACUCUAGAAGUCAUUGUGCCCACUUCCCAGAUGUGGCCGCCCUCACCUCCCUCCACUUGAGCAUGGAUCUUGCAGAUAAUCGGCAUACCAGUUGCUCACGAGGAUGCCCAGGCCUCUGGACAAAGCCAGCAUCUGAGGAGUACCCAUAAUUUGCAGAGAAAUUGAUCGUGGUGUUGCAAUUGCAAGCACUUACACACCUGCGUGUGUAAAAGCACUCAGGCAAUAUGUAUAUUUUAAAAAUGAAAUAUUAAGCUGGGUCUGUUCUCCCCUUGCCAAAUUGCAAUAGAUCUCCGUGUGGUUGAAACCAAACCUCUGUUUCAAGCAUGGGGGAACCUAUGUCUCUCAUUGCCGGACUAUAAUUUCGACCAUCCUUGACCACUGACCAUGAUGGCUGGACAGACUGCUUACUGGGAGUCCUGCAACAAAUGGAUGACCACGGUCUAUUGUCCCUGCUCCAUUUGGUCCUCAGAGUCUAGAGCAGGCAUCCCCCAAACUGCGGCCCUCCAGAUGUUUUGGCCUACAACUCCCAUGAUCCCUAGCUAACAGGACCAGUGGUCGGGGAAGAUGGGAAUUGUAGUCCAAAACAUCUGGAGGACCGAAGUUUGGGGAUGCCUGGUCUAGAGGCUGCAAACAUCAGAUACAGCCUCAGGAGCUGAGGUCAAGGGAAGUGUCUUUGCCAUACUAUAUGGGGAAGCAAAAAAACGUGGUCAAUAUUUAUGAUAAAUUGGGAUUCAUUUUGGAGGAAGAGUCUCUUCGCCAACAGAAGAAGGGGGCUUGUAAAUGUAGUGGGGUUGCCAACUCCCCUCUUCCAAUCGGAGGCUGUGGUUUUAGCAGUUCUACGGCAGGCAGAAAUUUGACGGGUGCAGCCCUCCCCAAAAUGAUGGGGAACGCGAACACUGUUGAAUUUCUGCCUGUUGUGCAGCUGCUGAAAGUUAUGUCUUAGAAAAGGAGGCCACCCUAGUUAACUUGUCGACAAGCAGUUAGUUGGAGGGGGAAAGAUUACAUAUAUCAUCAAGGAAACAGUAAAAUAAAAGUGAAUUGCUUUCCCAUCAGGCAAGGGCUCUUUAAUCUCAGGGAACAGAACACAGAACAGGGACAUCUAGGCUCACAUUUCCAAUUUCAGGGUAGAAGGAAAUCAAUAUUCCAGGGAUGAAGCAGAGCUAAAUUUGUGCCGGGAUUCACCAGGUCUGAGUCGCUGCACGUGAAAGCUCAUGGCUCAGCCUAUAUUUUGAAGGAAUGAUGGCGCAGACAUUAAGAUCACGGCAAAUCUGUGGGUCAUGAAGUGAGGGCUUCAUGGAAGAGGGGCCUUUCAGUGGCUACUAACCAUGAUGGCUGUACUCUGCUUCCACAGUUGAAGGGUAGCAGUGCUUCUAAAUGCCAGCUGCUGGAAACCGCAGGAGGGGAGAGGGCUCUUGGGCUCGGAUCCUGCUUACUGGUUUCCCACAGGCACCUGGCCAGCCAUUGUGAGAACAGGAUGCUGGAUUAGAUGGGCCAUUGGCCUGAUGCAGCAGACUCUCCUUAUGUUAUAUUCUUAUCCAUUGCCCGCCUGGAAGUCUUCCAGUUUCUUUCUUUCACACAGACCUCCAGAAGCUCUUAAUAUCCGUCCUGGGUUACUGGGGAGAAAAAAUGUUGGUGGCUGCCCAGAGGAGCUGCAGCUACAAGUCUCCCCACAACCAACAAAGAAACCCCCAUACCUCUGUAAUUUGCUGAUUUUAGCAUUCUUUCACUUCCCAUAAAAUUCAAAACUCAAGCAGCCCGUUCUAGUUUCGGAGCCUUUUGGCUGAGCACCAGAGAAAAUUGUGGUGCUGAGAAACGGGAGGACAGCGUUUCAUGGUGACUUCCCCACACUGAAAUAGUUGUGCGAAUCAGCUGCCAUCGGGCUGUUUUUUUUGCUUAAACUUUGAUAUAAGGCAUUCUAGAGAUUUGAACAGAUUACCCCUGAGCACACACAGAGUGCACUCCCUGCUCCUCUUUUUGCUACUGAGGAGCUUCUGUAUUUUCUCAUUCAAGUGUUAGGAAGAAAGGCUUCCAAUUCUGGAUGCAGGUAUACUUGAAUCUCUGCUCUUUUUCCAAAAGCACUGGGAGGUUUAACAAUUAUUUUUUCAAAAUUUCAGGUGGUGAGAGAAAAUUAACAUAUCUGCCAUUUUUCAUGGCAAGGAGACUCCUUGCUCCACAAUGCAACCUUCCCUUCCCUAAGGAAAUAGGUUGUCCUAGAUCAGGGGGCAGGGGGCCUGUAGCCCUCCAUUUGUAAUGGGACUACAACUCCCAUCACCCCCUAUCCAUCGGCUGUGGUGUUUGGAACUGUUGGGAGUUCAAGUCCAACAACCUCUCAAGGUUCACAAGCUCUGUUCCUGUUGGAGACGCAAAUCACACUAGGCACAAAUACUGGGUGUCAUUAUAAAAAGUUUCAAUUCACAUGACCAUUUUGAUACUGUAAUCCAGGCUUGAUCUACACUGAUCUGGAAAACGCCACAAAAAUAUAUCGCUCCAAAUGCGAUUUCUCUUUGGCGACAGGUCGCUGCUCUACAGCGCCCUCUGGUGUCACAUUUUUAGAACACAUUUUAAGUGUUAUAACAACUCCCCAGUGUAGAUUACGUCCCUGGUGCCGCAACCAUUUUUAAAAUCUUUGUCCUGGUGAAUAGCAUUGUGGUCAGCAGCAGCAGCACAAUAUCGCUAUAGAUAACAGCUCACCAAGUUUCUGCUUUUGAAAGAAUGAAGCAAAAAACAGUGGGAGCAGGGGAGGGGAAACCACUUUGCAGCGAUGACUUCAGUGUCAAAAUGGCUGUGUGAAUAUCCCACAUUCCGUCCUAGCAAAGAGAGAGGCUUCUUGAGUUUCUUCAAAACUUUCCCAUCUGUUUCCUCCAAGUCUGUGGCCGCUGGGCUAAUCGCCUGUUCCCAAAGUGAGGGGAAGAAAGCAAAUCAGGAAUUACAGGAAAAUUCUGGCUAGUAGCCAUGAACUCCCUGUAGCUUUACAUAAGGGUGGUGGGGCAAGCUUUACAUAAGGGUGGUGGGGCAAGCUUUACAUAAGGGUGGUGGGGCAAGCUUUACAUAAGGGUGGUGGGGCAAUGAAAACAAAUAGAUGCAAAUUUAGUCAACUCCUUCUACACUCCAAUGUUACUGCAAUGACCCCGGUGGGAGAAGGAAAAUAGCAAGUGUUCAUAGAAAGCGGGCAGGUGUUUGUGCACAUGUUACUUCACUUUACAGCUGCAUUGGAAUGUAGAAGUUAUAAUGAGUUUUCGUUGAAAAGCCUUUCAAGGGACUCUAUCAUGUGGUAUCCAUUGCAUUUUUUUAAAAAAAAAAUGUGAUUCCCCGCAAAGAAUAAGCAACAUACAAUAAUGAUCUGCAGUAGAGAAAGUUUUUUAAGAACCCAUCAUUUUAACUAUAAAAGCCAACACUUCCUCACAAGGCACCCUGGGAAUUGUAGUUUUAUGAAGGAGACUUGAGAUCUGCCACAAAGAAAUUGCAACAGUUCCCAGGCUGUCACGUGGGAAGCUAUAACAGUUAAUAUGGUUUUUAAAAGGUUUCAAGUUUAAAAACCAGAACAGAAGCCAGUUUAUGCUGUCACUCACAUUCCAUUCCACUGGAAAAUACUUGAAAUUAACUAAAAGGCCAUAACAAAUCUAUGCUGUUAUAUUUUUUGUACUAACUUGCAAGUUGUAUGAGAAAAACGUUUUGAGUGCAAAACUGACUCUUUUCUCUGUAAAUAUUUUUCAUGUAAAUUGUUACCGUUGGAUUGUAUUUAGAAUGAUAGGACAUUUUGAAAAGCAACAGCAUAAAACUGUUGGACAUUCGUUGUUCAAUACUAAUAAAAUGGAAUCAAACUUUUGAUCUGGUUUGUUGUAUAAGAAGUGCAAUGCAAUUGCAGCCAUGAGAACUUGUUUCCGUGUUUGCUAGAUUAUAGCUCCUAACAAUAAAAUGCAGGGUAAAGACAUACUUGAUGUAAGGAUUGCUGCCACCCACCAGCCAAGAUUCCUCCUGAUGUCAAUCACAACAGCUAAAAUACCAGCAUACGGAACACUGGCUCACCUGUCACUCUUCCCUGUUGUUGUUGUUGCCCUUCAGAAAGGCUUCCCUUUUCCCCAUCCCUUUUUAAAAGCUCUGCAUGUUCAUUAUUAAAAACAAAAGGGAAUAUUUGAACAUCACAAAACUGCUCAGGAAAUUUUAAAGGCUUCUUAGAGACUGCACAGGUGCUAGUCAAUCAGUGCUGGGCUCACUAAUUCUUGUUGCAAAGCUGAAGAAUGAUUCCUUCUCAGGUUCUGUCCUGGGGGCAAAAGUUGCAGCAGAUGCAGUAAGGGCAGUUAUAAAUUACUGUAGUCCCACUGCUCUAAGGAAGUUGCAUGUGUCCCCAUCAAUAGAACACGUGAGGAAAUGCCUUUUAUUUGGUCCAAACAGCGCUAAAGGAUGUUGGAUGCAAGCUUUGGAGUUACACAGGGCACCUCGUGCAUUUCUUCACCAGCGCUCCUUUGGGGUAGCACCAUAGCUGCCAAGUUUUCCCUUUUCUCGCGAGGAAGCCUAUUCAGCAUAAGGGAAAAUCCCUUAAAAAAAGGGAUAACUUGGCAGCUAUGGGUAGCACAU